CUGCAUUUUACAAGCCUGAUGAAGGGUGUACAUUCUCACUGUGCCGUUUCAUGGGGAAAAUAGGGACUGGGUUUUAAGGAAUACUGGAAAGCAGUUCUCUCUGCAUUGCAGCACUAAAGAAGCUAAGAAGAUCGAGGAGCAGAAAAGCCUGUGUGGUACAUUGAGCUGACUAUCCAAUCAGACUGCUCCGAAUGCUGCUGAAACCAAUCAGAAACCUGCAGCUGAGGUUAAAGAUUGACAAAUGCAGAAGGAAGCAGAAGGGAGAGGAGGCCUUCUGGGAUACCUGGACCCAUUUUUUCCCUCAUUCCACAACGGCCUCUAUAAUUGAAAACAAUUAAAUCAAUGGGGGAAGAGUUUUAUUGUGGCAGAGGAAGUGAAGACCAUUGACACUCUAACAGAGGAAAUGGAAAGCUCAACACGAUCUAAAGACUCAGGGUCAACAGAGAGGGCGACCCAGAAACGAAAGAUGCCCAGUCCCUCUCACUCAUCCAAUGGUCAUUCUUCUGCUGACACUUCACCCAGCCCAGUGAAAAAGAAAAAGAAACCAGGUGCUGUUACCAGCAGCAAAGAUCAGUCAGAACUAAGACAUGGUCCCUUUUACUAUGUGAAGCAGCCAGCACUCACAACAGACCCUGUUGAUGUUGUACCGCAGGAUGGCAGGAAUGACUUCUACUGCUGGCUGUGCCACCGCGAGGGUCAGGUGCUCUGCUGUGAGCUCUGCCCCAGGGUGUACCACGCCAAGUGCUUAAAACUACCAGCCGAGCCAGAAGGCGACUGGUUCUGUCCGGAGUGUGAGAAAAUAACAGUUGCCGAAUGUAUAGAGACUCAGAGCAAAGCCAUGAUGAUGCUUACAAUAGAACAGCUGUCUUAUCUACUUAAGUUUGCUCUUCAGAAGAUGAAACAACCAGGUGAUCAUCCCCGCUUGCCAUCUUGCUCUCCCCAUGCAGCUUCCACGCAGAGAAAGACAUUUAAUUGGACUGAGCUCUUCCAGAAACCCGUUUCUCUUGAGCAGCACCCUGAUUAUUCCGAAUACAUUUUUCACCCAAUGGAUCUUUGCACACUUGAGAAGAACGUCAAGAAGAAAAUGUACGGCUGCACAGAGGCCUUCUUGGCAGAUGCAAAAUGGAUUUUGCACAACUGCAUAAUAUACAACGGAGGAAAUCACAAACUGACAGCCACGGCUAAAGUUAUCGUUAAGAUCUGUGAACAUGAGAUGAAUGAGAUUGAAGUGUGUCCUGAGUGUUAUUUGUCUGCUUGCCAAAAGAGGGACAACUGGUUCUGUGAACCUUGUAGUAACCCACAUCCUCUGGUGUGGGCUAAAUUAAAAGGAUUUCCCUUUUGGCCAGCGAAAGCUCUGCGAGAUAAAGAUGGCCAAGUGGACGCUCGCUUCUUUGGUCAGCAUGACAGGGCUUGGGUACCUUUGAAUAACUGUUACCUCAUGUCCAAAGAGAUACCAUUCUCUGUGAAGAAGACUAAAAGCAUCUUCAACAGUGCCAUGCAAGAGAUGGAAGUCUAUGUGGAGAACAUGAGGAAGAAGUUUAGAGUUUUUAACUAUGCCCCUUUCAGGACUCCCUACAUUCCAGACGACAGCUUUCAAAUGCUGCAGGACCCUUCCGACCCCUUAUCCACUCCUGUCAAGUUUGAGAAACAGGAAAAGAUCAAGCUAAGCUUUGAUAUGACUGCAUCCCCAAAGAUCUCCCUAACCAGAACCGUGUUGUGUGGAAGUAGCAUUGGAGGGAUCACUGCUGGUCGUCGACUGCCUGGAGACAUGCCUCGAUCACCAAUGAGCACCAACUCUUCUGCCCAUACAGGUUCAGAUGGGGAGGACGCAACAGACAAGUCCCAGAUUAAAGCCCCAAACAGCCAGGGUGGUAUAAGAGAAGAGUUAAUAGAAUCACCAGCAUCCACUGCUCAGUGUCGAUCUGGUCAAGCCCCCAAUUUGUUGGACAGCUCCAAACCUUUUCAAUCGCAAUCGCUUGGCAAUGCCAAACAGGAGAAGACACAACUGACAGGCAGCAUUCUGAACCUGAAUCUAGAUCGGAGUAAGGCAGAGAUGGACCUAAAAGAACUAAGUGAAACCGUUCAACAGAAGCUGGGAACCACGCCUGUUCUCACCUCUCCAAAAAGACAAAUCAAGAGUCGUUUCCAGUUGAAUUUGGACAAAACCAUUGAAAGUUGUAAGGCACAGCUUGGCAUCAACGAAAUCUCUGCUGAUGUGUACAAAGGUGUAGAACCCAGUGACUCUGACGACUCUGAUAAAUCAGAAUUGAGCGACAGUGAGUAUGCCAGUGAUGAGGGGCAAAAGGUCAAAGACCCCAAAGAUCCUUCGCCAGCUGAAGAACUCCAAAAGGAGACUAUAGACAAAGACCAACCAUCUCCAUGCCACGUGGACAAACCCAAUGUUUCUAUCGUAUCGGACUCUGCAGCAGCGGAUGCUAGUGCGACACCAUUAGAAGUUCAGACUGAAGACAAAGUAAGCACAGAGAAAGAGAGUCCAGAGAAGACCAAAUCUCCUGAAACGUCGCCUGUGUCUCGGGAGAAGAGUCAGGUGCAAGAAGAGGUGAAGCAACGUGUGCCUUUGGAGGAUUCCGAUUCAGAGAGGGAGUUGGUCAUUGACCUCGGGGAGGAACAAGGGACUAAGAAUAAGAGAAGACGCAGGAAAGACACUGUUAAAGAGUCAUCUGCUAGUAAACCAGAAGGUAAAUCCCUGACUCCCACGACACUCCCAUCUCAAAACAGCACAACCCCUUCCACACCCUCCAGUGUUUCCUCGCAGUCCCCCAUGGCCAUUCCAGUCACUAUGAUCUCCUUCACUCCAGCAAAUAUUAGCCUUGCCACUGUCUCCAGUGCCCCUGCAACCCCACCCUCUUCUUCCUCUUCCUCCUCAUUAUCCACCGCCCCAGCAUUGAAAAAACAGCGCCCUCUGCUGCCAAGAGAGACUGCUGCGCCUGCGGCGCAGAAUCCCAAUGCAGUGUGGAAUUCCACUGUCAAGCUCCAGAGCCCCUCGCAGAAGUUGACCGCGCGUCAGCAACAGAGCCAGCAGCCUGUAGCGCCCCCACAAAUUCAAGCGUCGUCGCCCAGACAAGGCCAGACUCAAGUGUCCGACAACAGCUUAGUGUCUUCGCCUUCAGCCUCUUCACAAAGCACACGUUAUCAGACCAGACAGGCCAUUAAAGCUGUCCAUGUGAAGGACACAUCAUUGACUACAACAGCAGUCACCCUGGUGUCAAGUAGUGCCGCCUUAGCAACAUCAUCUUCAUCGACAUUGGUCGAAAGCGAGCAAUAUAUCUCGACAGCCUCAGCAGAUGUUGCAGCGGAUAUUGCAAAGUACACAAACAAAAUAAUGGAUGCAAUCAAAGGUACAGUGACUGAAAUCUACAGUGACCUUUCAAAGAGCUCUUCUGGAAACACUGUGACUGAGAUGAGACGACUGAGAAUUGAAAUUGAAAAAUUACAAUGGCUACAUCAGCAGGAGUUGGCAGAGAUGAAACACAAUCUUGAGCUUACAAUGGCUGAGAUGAGGCAAAGUCUGGAGCAGGAAAGAGAGCGACUGGUGACGGAGGUGAAGAAGCAGAUGGAGCUGGAGAAGCAACAAGCGGUGGAUGAAACCAAGAAGAAACAAUGGUGCGCAAACUGCCGAAAAGAGGCCAUCUUCUACUGCUGCUGGAACACCAGCUACUGUGACUACCCCUGUCAGCAGGCCCACUGGCCAGAACACAUGAAGUCCUGCACUCAGUCAGCCACAGCUCCACAGCAAGAACCCGAGGCUGAGUCGACGGCAGACUUGCCAGGCAAAAUCGCGGUACAAGCGGCAAACGGUGGACCAAACAAUCCACAAGACGCCCCAGCGGAUAAAGACUGUGAGACGGGAAACAGCGGUGACAAUGUUGCCGUCACUUUGUCUUAACCGUGAUCAAUAUACUUGACUUCUCUAUA